AAUUCAAGGCCAGCGACUUCCCGCCAAAGGCCAGCGAUUACCCCAAGACCAACGACUAUCCCAAGGACAACAGCUAUCCGAAGCCUCACGAGUUUCCCCCUAGGCCGUAUGAGUACCCGGUCAGGCCGAUGCAGCAGCUCCAGUCCCCGUACAAACCCACGAUGCCCCAGCUCGAGUUAGCCGACAUCAAGUCCAACUGCCAGCGCAACCUCAAGCACCUCAUCUACCUCCAGAACCAGCGGCGCGCAUUUGGCUACUCAUCGCAGGCUGUGGAUCUGGAGUGGCAGAUCCGCAGCCAGACCGGCCUUUUGAUCGGCGAGCUGCGGACGCUUCAAGACGAGGUCCGGACGCUUGUCAAGAACGCCAAGAAUCACCGAUGGCGACGAUGGUUGUUUGGAGGAUUCCUCGCGACAUUUGUCCCUGUUGUGCGCAAGCUGUUUCGCCGAGGCAACGAUAAAGAGUCGCUGGCUUCUUCCAACAACACCGAGUACGCAUUCCGCAAGUCAAAGGGCCUCCUCCAGCGAAUCAAGGACUCGGUUCUCGGCCAUCAUCGCCUUGCCAGCAUUGCAUUCUUUGUCUUUUCCGUUAUGUAUGUGUUCCAGAACGAGGUGACUUUGCGCGUGGCCAAGACGAUGCAGAAGCGCCUAAAGAAGCUUUCCCAGCGACUCGAGUACGGCAACCAGGAGAUUGACGAAAAGGACCUGAAGCUUCUGGACGGAUGGAGGUGGAGAGUAAUUCUGUGGUGAAACAAGCUUGCAUGGAGCCUGCAGUAGAGUUUGCCGCUUUUCUACUAAUGGCGGCUUUGGAAUGGUGAAUUGGCUGCGAGAAUGAUGAUGACGAUACAUAUCCUACUAAAGGUGCAUGAUUGUAACGAAGCAUGUGCACAAACCGCAACCCAGCUUUUGGGUUGCCCAAGUUGCUUUUUGAUGUAUUUCCUAUCUAUUACAUACCAUGUCGAUAACAUUGAGCAUUAUUUA